GUGAGCUCUGCAGAGCUGAGAGAGAUCGGAGCUAAGGACGGACAGACGGACAGACACACUUCACAGCCUCUUCAACUACACACAGACACACACAACCACACAACACACUCACAAUCAACAACAGCAGGCCUUUUGUCCUCACCAGCAGACCUCAUCCCUACGCUCACCCCUCUGGACCCUGGACUGACCUCUGAGGAUACUUCUCCCCCAGGACUACAUUUCCCAUCAUGCACCACAGGAGCCUGUCGGAGCUCCAGGGGGUCUCCUCUCAGCAAGGGGCCUGGGCUCUAAGGACUACCCAGGACGGAGCCUCAAGGUGGGGCCCCCGGCUGAGGAAGGGGGGGUCCGCGCGGUGCUGCCUCAGCCCGCCCAGGGCAGGUCUUCUCUGGGUUUGGCUCCUGCUGGGGGCCCUGGUGGUCCCUGGAGCCUGGAGCUUUCUGAGCGAGGAGCAGGAGGAGCUGCUGGUGGAGCUUCACAACCGCUACAGAGGAGUGGUGUCGCCCACCGCCUCGGCCAUGCUGCCUCUGAAGUGGGACCCCAGUCUGAAGUUGAUCGCCGAGGGUUACGCUGCUAAAUGUAUCUGGAACCACAACCCUGAACUGGAGGAGACUGGUGAGAAUCUGUACGCCAGCACUAAAGUUCUGGACCUCCAUGAGGCUCUGGAGGAAUGGUUCUUGGAACACCUGAGCUACGACUUCAACAACAACAGCUGUGAUGAGGACAAGAUGUGUGGACACUACACUCAGAUGGUGUGGGCCGAUACUCACAGAGUGGGCUGUGCCGUUCACCUCUGUAAUGACAUGGAGGGACUGAACUGGGAGAUGCCAACACACUUCCUCGUCUGCAACUAUUACCCAGCAGGGAACUAUGAAGGUGAGAGGCCGUACGUUGAAGGUGACUGGUGCUCCAGGUGUCCUGAGAACCUCCAGAAGUGUGAAAACAACCUCUGUGUUUAUGACACCGUGGAGGAGACGGAGGAGACGGAGGAGACGGAGGAUGACGUGGACGAGGGGGGGGAGGAGGACAUGACAGAAAUUCCUGCAACAACUAAACCUACCGUCCUGCCUGACGAGGAGGAAGAGAGGGAAGAGGAGGCGGUCGUCCCUCCUCCUGCUGCUACUGAUCUUUACACUCAGCCUCCAACCACCACUGCAACACCUACGACUAGCACCACUAUUCCCAUUACUACCAGUAUCCCCACCACUGCUGCAGAGGAAGCAGAGGAAGCAGUAGAGGAAGUAGUGGAGGAAGUCUUACAGGAGGUAGUAGAGGAGGUACUACCAGAAAACACCCCCGCCCCGGGCACACAGCCUCCAGAAGAGGCAGAAACAACACCUGAAGGACAAGAGGAGGUGGAAGUAAAGAUGAUCGAGGAUGUGGUGGAGGAGAAGAAGACGGAGGAGGAUGAGCAAAUAAAGCCGGCAGAAAAAGCUCAGAGGGACGUGGUGGGGAAAAUAUUCCCCAACAUAAUAAUUACAACGAGUGCAGCUUCAGUAUGUGGCCCCUCUGUGCUGUUGGCCUGUCUGAUGGGGGUCCUUACUCUGAGGCUGUGAGGACGACCAGGAGACGUUCAAGUUCACUUCACCGUUCAUGCAUUGACUGCACAUGACCUUGUGAAUCUGCCCCGAGGUAACAAAACGCUUCCCUCGCCUCCCCUCGUAGAGUAAAAUGGGUCAUUAAUAAUUCACAUUAAUCAGAAAACAGCUGCCAUUUAAACAUCUGCGAGUGAAAAUCAUGCCGUAAAUUAAAAAAAAAACAUGAUUACAGAGAUCUCACAGAGGAUGGGGAGAAAGUAAAGCCUUGUCUGCAUAUAAAAAGACAUUUAAACUGCCCUCUAGGUGAUUUCUGAACCCUAAAUAGAACCUAAUGAGUUUAGUGAAUAAAAAUAGUUCUAUGUGAUACUGCAAGUCUCUGCAAAGUGAAGUUAAAUAUUGUUCAUUUUUUCCUUUUUGAGUUGGAUUUUCAAUUGGAUUUAAAUCUGGUUGGGAUGUUUAGCCUAGCUUAGCAUAAACACUGGAAACGGAGGGAAACUGCUAGCCUGGCUCAACUCUACUCAACUUCAGCUUUAUUGUCCCCUGAGGGAAAUUAGCUUUGCAGGCAGGUAAAAACAUAAAACACAGGAAACACAAUCACAUUUAUUUAGAUACAACACUGAAAUAGACAAGUACACAAAUAGCUGGCUCUGCUCACAUGAUUAAAAAGACACGUCUAACUUCCCUGCUGUCACUGGUACUGCUUCUGCAUUACAAUGCAUUUCUGCAAUACCCUCAUGAUAACUUCUCAAUAAUGCAUCUGGUGAGAGGACAGUAACUUUACUCACUUUGUGUCUUAUUUUGAACUGUUUUGAUCAGAUUUGGCACUUAAACACUAGGCAUUGUUUAAAACGACUACUGAGAGGAACAGCCACAUCACUUCCUUAAGAUGUGUCCAUUUCCAGCAGUAGCACCCAGUCUGUGUGCGAAGAAGCUUUAAAAGUGAUGAAAGAACUCCUGCUAAUGACAUCAGGCUAAUUUGGCAUUUGUUUUUUUGUUACAACUUGAUGCUACAGUUGAAAAAAAAUCAUUUUUAUUCUCAUUAAUCUACACUCCGUAUUUCAUUAGAGCCUGACCGAUUAAUCAGGCCGAUUAGAGCGUAUCACAGAUUAAGCAACAUCAGACAAUAUGUAGCCGAUAUAUUAACUUUUUUGCUGUGUGGGGAUUCUGUCGCUCUGUGUGUCCCUGCUAAACUCAGCCCAAGCGGCUGGCCAAAGAAACAAGCGAGUGCAGCAGCAGCUCUCCCCCACUCAGUGUUGCCAACUUAGCCACUUUGUCGCUAUAUUUAGCUAGUUUUCAGACCCCUCUGGUGACUCUUUUUCAAAAAAGCAUCUAGCGACAAAUCUAGCUACUUUUUCUGGUGUUAUUGGAGACUUUUGGAGACUCUGACGUGAAAGCACGUAUUGUUGUUGCUCACAGACAGCCUCAUCUGCAGCAGUCCCUGCUGUAGUCAGACUCACGUCUGUUUCAGACUGUGAGCAUGUUUUGCUGCUUGCGUGUGCCAGGCGUGUCAGCUCUGGUUCCUGCCGGUGCGGCUUUCACACGGGGCGCGAGUUUUCUUCGUGUCAGCCGCAUCUCCCUGCUCUCAAAGCCCUGUCCUUCUUUAUAAGUUUUACCUCAAUAAACCACCCUUAUAAAAGCAACUUGAUUCAGUGUACAGAGGAAGUCUGUCAGGAACUAUUCAAAAUAAAAGCAUUAUGUACAAGUGAAUGGAGUUUCUCUGUAGAAAUGCUAACAAGGCUCUUACUUUGAAAAGCAAAAACCAGAAAGGCAUUCAUACGGUGUUAAUCUUUCCUGUGACAUCUUCUACCAGUGUGGAGACAGAAAGUUUCACUAAUAGUAGAUGUUUAGAGAACAACUUUAUAAAACAGGCGCAUUUAAGCUUGUGGCCUUCCUCAGGGUUAUCAAGAAA